CUGAAACCCAAAAUUUAGAAAUUGGUGGACUUAAAAUUGGUGGGCCUAUACUUUUACUUCUCCGGGGAGAAUGUGAUAUCAAUCAGAGAUCGGGAGUAGAGAGCCGACCCCAGAAGCCCGACGGAAUGGGAGGCGCAGGCGCUGCCUCUGCAGCAACUCCCCGGCCAACCACCACCGCCGAUGAAGAUGCGCUUCUCAAGCAAUUCUUCGCCGAAGUAAGUGAAGUUGAGCGCGAAAAUGAAGUCAGCAGGAUACUUUCAUGCUUCAAAUUGAAUCCAUUUGAAUAUCUUAACCUACCAUUCGAUUCCUCCAUAGAUGAUGUAAAACGACAAUAUCGCAAGUUAUCUUUGCUUGUUCACCCGGAUAAAUGCAAGCAUCCUCAAGCAAAGGAAGCUUUUGGAGCUUUAGCAAAAGCCCAACAAUUAUUACUUGAUCCGCCAGAAAGGGAUUAUAUUUUGAACCAGGUUCAUGCUGCAAAAGAGGAACUAAAAUUAAAGUGGAAGAAGCAGGUCAAGAAAGAUACUGCUGCUAAGUUGAAGUCAUUAGUUUCUGAGGGAAAAUUUGAACAAGAAUAUGAACGAUCAGAAGAAUUCCAGCAGCAGCUAAAACUAAAGGUUCGAGAAAUAUUGACCGACCAAGAAUGGCGGAGAAGGAAAAUGCAGAUGAGGAUAUCUGAGGAGGAAGGUCGUUUAAAGAAGGACGAGGAAGAACAGAAGGAGAUGUGGAAAAGGAAGCGCGAGCAUGAGGAGNCCCCCCCCCCCCCCCCCGUAUCAAGUUGGAGAGACUUUAUGAAAGGUGGAAAGAAGGUGAAGAAAGGGGAGAUCCGGCCUCCAAAACUCAAAACCGAAGAUCCAAACAAGUCUUAUGUUCAACGACCAGUGAAGCGAGGUUAGAGUUUUGCUGCAGCACUUCCCUAGUCAAAUUAAAUGACAAAAAGAAACGUAAUUCCUUGUAUUUUUUUCGUCGUUAGUUGUUAUUACAACAUAACAUAAAGGAUUGAGAUGUUUUCUGUCAGCUUGUCACAAUGUAAGAAAUCCGUUUACCAUUGUAAUCUUAGUAAAAUAUGCAGUAUCUGGUGGUUGGCAUCAAGCUCUUAUCAUGAAACUCCAAUGCUUCUUCAGGUCAUUAGGGCGUGUUUGUUUUUAUGUUUUUCAGUGGUAGUGGAGGAAAGGUUCUUGAAUAACUUUCACAAAGUAUU